GUUGUCGAAUCAGUUGACAAACGCUUAACGAACCGAUCGGAGCUCCUAGAGCGAUCGGAUAAUUGUUGGAACCAGACUCUCGGCUCGCCUGAGUGUACCAAUCUCGCUACGAAUUACGAAUCAAACCGCGUGUCAGCCCACGACAAACAAAAGUGUCAACGUUUAUCCAUUGUUUUAGGUUCCAGAAUAGUCCGGCCCGUUUGAAAUGCCGAGGCCUUCCGUGUGUGGCGGCCACCUAGGCCUGCCCGUGGCCAUCAACCGGGCACAGUUCCUGUUGGCACUGCUGGUGUUCGCGAACGUAUGGCUCGCCACCGUAGGUACGCAACGGACCGUCUAUCGCGCCGGUGACGAAAUCGUGACCAUAACGCGCACCAAAGUUGACUCGGCCACCGGAGCACCGCCUCCCGGCUACUCUUACUAUAGCUACACGGCCCCACAGCCGCAACCCGAAAUCGUGUACUACACGAACGCGAACGGGAUCACGACCAAGCAGUAUCAGAGCCCCGCCGGAACUGUGGUUGCAAGCCGUCGUAUUCUCUACGAUGACGGAACGGCGACGUCGGAAGGCAUUGGAACAGUUCCUUUUUUCCUUCAGUUUGCUUUUGGGCAGGGAUGUUCGCGCAGCCCGUGCGGUGUAGGCGCCACGUGUCAGGAAACGGCUGGCGGCCGUCCGGUUUGCUCCUGUCCCGCUGGCCAUAGUGGCAACCCGCUGGUACAGUGUCGUCGGGAGGAGUGUCUCGAUCAUUCCGAGUGCCGCUUUGAUCAGGCCUGCCGUAACGGGAACUGCGUCAAUCCGUGUGCGGGCGUCUGUGGCGUCAAUGCCAAUUGUGAGGUUCGCAAUCAUGUGCCGGUGUGUAGCUGCCCGCGGGGACGAACCGGAGAUCCAUUCAGCAGUUGCCGUCUACAAGAUCCGGAGGAACUGUGCCGUCCCAGUCCGUGCGGAUCCAACACCAAAUGCAACGUGGUCAAUGGCGUUCCAACAUGUUCCUGUUUGACUGGUUACAUUGGUUCACCUCUUUCCGGCUGUCGGCAUGAGUGCGAAUCGGACGUAGAGUGCAGCGGCAACCAGUAUUGCAGCCAGUUCAAGUGCGUCAAUGGGUGCAACCAGUGUGGAAAAGGUGCAACCUGCGCUCGCGUGACCGGUCAUAGGGCGGUUUGCGAGUGUCCGAAGGGCUACAUCGGUAGCCCGUUCACCGAAUGUCGCCCGGAGUGCUUCGGUGAUCGCGAUUGUCCUGGUGGGCGCCCGGCAUGUAUCUACGGUAUUUGCAAGAAUCCGUGCGAAGGAGCGUGCGGUGUUGGCGCAGACUGUAACCUACGAGGACUGACGCCGAUCUGUAGCUGUCCACGGGAUAUGACUGGCGAUCCGUUCAUUAGCUGUCGUCCGUUCACCAAGGAGGAUCUCUGCAGUCCUAAUCCAUGUGGCACAAAUGCUGUCUGCACUCCAGGAUACGAUCGCACCAACCAGGAACGACCAGUUUGUACUUGUCCCCCAGGUUACACCGGAAACGCGCUGUCUGCCUGCGUUCGUGGUGAAUGCCAAAGUGAUGCCGAAUGUGCUGAUCAUAAGGCAUGCAUCGCGUACCAGUGCGUCGAUCCGUGCGCUGGGCAGUGUGGAACUGGUGCGCAAUGCCAGGCUAAGCGCCAUCUUGCCGUCUGUACAUGUCCUGCGGGAACACAAGGAGAUGCCCUCGUGUCAUGCCGGACGGCUCGAAACUAUCCGGUCGCACGUUACAACAAGAAGCGAAGUGUCACUCCCUAAUUCCACUGCCAACGUGUCACAAAUGUUGCUCUCCGUGCACUGCUCCCCAAUGAUUUUACCUCCGAUAGCACAGCUUCCAUUAUCAACGGGAAUGGAGUCACAAAUGCUAGUCGUGCGCCAGGACAUCUGCAACACUUGCCCCGGUUAAUCCGUAACUUAUUCAAACUCCAGCUCACUUCUUUAGAAUAACGAACGAUCAAUUAUUUAUCGCUGUUGCAGGCUUCGAGAUUGCUAGGUAACACGUUACAGUUAUGUAGGGUUCAUUUGUUUCAGAAUCCCAGCCCUAAUAAAACGCUAAUGAGUAAAAUGUGAGUCGAACAUUUCAGGUACACUUCUAAUAAACGAUUCCAAACCAUGAA